CUGCCAUUUGCCAGCGGAGUGCUUGGCUACCUCUCAUCGUAUUCUCACUUUGGUAGUGUCCAAGCUCUAGAGUUGUCUUGUUUAUACAGUGAAAGACGUCGUGAAUUUAGUAUAUAAGAUAUUGAUUUAUUAAAAUCAUCAUGGGAAUCAAAUUUCUGGAGGUGAUAAAGCCGUUUUGCGGUAUACUUCCGGAAAUAGCGAAGCCUGAACGAAAGAUUCAAUUCAGGGAAAAAGUAUUAUGGACAGCAAUCACACUCUUCAUUUUCUUAGUAUGCUGUCAGAUUCCACUAUUCGGCAUUAUGUCCUCGGACAGUGCAGAUCCCUUCUAUUGGAUCCGUGUGAUCCUUGCCUCCAACAGAGGAACUUUAAUGGAGUUGGGUAUUUCGCCCAUUGUAACAUCUGGACUGAUCAUGCAGCUUUUGGCUGGUGCCAAAAUCAUUGAAGUUGGUGACACACCAAAAGACAGAGCAUUAUUCAAUGGAGCUCAAAAGCUUUUUGGCAUGGUAAUCACUGUUGGUCAAGCGAUUGUCUACGUGAUGACUGGAAUGUAUGGAGAUCCUGCAGAAAUUGGUGCUGGAGUUUGUCUGCUGAUCAUUAUCCAACUUUUUGUUGCUGGUUUGAUCGUACUUCUUCUAGAUGAGUUGCUUCAGAAAGGAUAUGGUCUUGGCAGUGGUAUCUCACUCUUCAUUGCUACUAAUAUUUGUGAAACAAUAGUUUGGAAGGCCUUCUCUCCAGCUACUGUAAAUACUGGACGGGGUACUGAAUUUGAGGGUGCCGUAAUUGCAUUGUUCCAUCUGUUAGCUACAAGACAGGAUAAGGUUCGCGCUCUUCGUGAGGCCUUCUACCGGCAGAACCUGCCCAACCUUAUGAAUCUACUUGCCACCAUUCUCGUCUUUGCCAUAGUAAUAUACUUCCAGGGCUUCCGCGUCGACUUACCAAUCAAAUCUGCGAGGUACCGUGGUCAAUACAGCAGCUACCCUAUCAAGCUCUUUUACACGAGCAACAUCCCCAUCAUCUUACAAUCUGCUCUCGUCUCGAACUUAUACGUCAUCUCGCAGAUGUUGGCUGUCAAAUUCCAGGGAAAUCUUAUUGUCAAUUUACUUGGCGUAUGGUCUGAUGUCGGUGGUGGCGGUCCAGCACGUUCCUAUCCAGUUGGCGGACUCUGCUACUACCUAUCGCCACCCGAAUCUGUCGGACAUAUCCUGCAAGAUCCCGUACAUGCCUUCCUUUAUAUUUUGUUUAUGCUGGGAUCGUGUGCUUUCUUCUCAAAGACCUGGAUCGAAGUUUCUGGAAGCUCUGCCAAGGACGUAGCCAAACAAUUGAAGGAGCAACAAAUGGUGAUGAGAGGUCAUCGAGAUAACUCCAUGAUUCGUGAAUUAAAUCGGUACAUACCCACAGCUGCAGCCUUUGGUGGUCUUUGCAUCGGAGCUUUGUCUGUACUAGCUGACUUCCUGGGCGCAAUUGGAUCCGGUACUGGUAUCUUACUAGCUGUGACAAUUAUCUAUCAGUACUUCGAAAUCUUCGUCAAAGAGCAAAGUGAAAUGGGUGGCAUGAGCACACUACUUUUCUAAGCACAGGAUGCUUAGAUUUUGAAAGUGAAUUUUUUUUAUACUCACGAACUGCAUAAUUUAUUAUAAAACAAGUCUAGCCGGCACUGUCGGCUAUGUUAGUUGCGCGACAGUUAAGCAAGUGUGAGUGAGGGCCUGCGUGGUUAUGAAGGAUGAAUAAACAUAUUCAUAUUUGGAUUGUCUAGUGGUAUCAUCUACCAAAUGAACUUCACUAGGCAUAGCCAAAUAUCAGAGUGCGUUUGAGAAAUUCAUAUUUUUUACUACUGUAUCCUGAAUUCGUGCUAUUGUACCAAAUUACCAAUAGGAUACACAUUACUGUAUGUAUAAAAUUGAUAAAUUCUAUGGUACACAUCAAAUAGAAUUUAUUGACAAAAGUUGUUGGAUCAAUGAAAAACGUUUAAAAGAACAAUUAAAAAAAAAGAAUAGUAAAAGCUGCAUCAAUCAAGAGUAGAAAUGAUUCCAGGUCUUGCAUACUAAAAUUUGUAUUUCUUAGAGUUACACAUCUUUUUUUUACGCAGAAAAAACCUUGUAAAUUAUAUUAUUAUCAUUAUGGUGAUGUAUACCAAUUUCUCUUAAUUUAAAACAAGGUUUUUGUCUGCUUCUUUUUUUUGUAACUAAAUCCCAGUUAUACUGGAUUAUACAUAUAGGACAUGUACAAAGGUAACAAAGAUUGAUUCAGUAAUUUCAAAGAAAUAUUGACACUCAAGAUUAUUACAAACUUUACAUCCCUUCUUCGAGACCCUUGAUACCUACUAAUCUGUUGAAAAAAAAACCAACAAGUUAGUUUUUUAUCAGUAAUUUGUGGGUGGUCUUGUUUGUACUAAACCUAUGGGCCUUCAGUCUUGUCUUAUUGAUUCACUGGUAUUCCCAUUGCUGAGAGCCUCAGUCACAUUAGUAUUUGCACAACUAGUAAUUCUGGUCUUCCUUAAGGAUCCAAGUUCUCCAUCCACGAGUUACUGUACUUCCUCGUAACACUUAAAAAUUAUUAACCAAUUUUAUCAAGGUGUCCUCACAAAGAUGAGUUAAAAUUCCAUAUGGUGUACUAUGCCAUGAAGCGUUGAGUUCACUCCAGCGUUGGAAACCGGAGACACUUCUACCUAUGUAUAUCUUUGAUACGUAGAUGGUUGUUUCAUUACUUUAUUUCAGUUUUGAUACUAUUGAUGGGCUCCACACAUAUGGAAACAUAAGACGUAACAAGUAACACAGUUUAUAAAUGAUGAAAAAUCCGUAUUUGAUUGGAUCUUGCUCAAGCUGGAUGAAGCCGUAUGUGUUACUUCUUACUUCUUACAUUUUCUUUUGCAAGAAGCCGCUUAUCGAUGGGUUUAGGUUUCUAUGUUAUAUAAACGCCAUUCCAUAAGAUUAUGAAGAUUUUAUCCUAGGAAGAAUUCACCAACUGGGGUGCGUUCAGAAACCUUACUCCGGAUAAUUUUAGCACGUUGCAUCUUUCUUUAUCAGCUAUACUUACUGAAGUUUCUGAACAUGCUCCUGUAUGUUCUAGUAUAACACUUUGUUGACGAUGUACGUUAAAAAAUAAUUCCCAAAUGCAUGAAUAAUUGGAUAAUUGUUAACGUUUACAUACAGUAAUAUAUUGUUCAAGUGACAGGUUUCAUACAUAUAGUAAAAACUGUUAAAGGUAAUGAAUUUUUUAUAACGGUCUGAGAUCCUGAAUAACAUACAGAACAUCGUGAAAGAUUCGGUGUAAAUCAAUGAAAUCACUUGAUCUUUAUAUCAAUGUAAAUCAUUGCUCGCAAUGUAAUCAUUUUAAUCAUUUCGGACAGGACGAGGCGCCCACCUAGGGUAUUCGUACAGCGACUGAUUAGAACGGUGUUCGCUCAUCUUAGGAACCUUCAUUCCCGUAUUAUUAUUGAUAAUACAAAGUAAAUAAUUAUUUCUUUCUUGUAUUUAGGAGAACGUCUUUGUAUAAUAAAUAUGAGGGCAAAUAAGUUUGCCUUAAGGUACAAACGCAUGGACUACGCGGUUACAACUUAUAUACUUUGAUGUCAUAAAAGAUGAAUCGAUUUUGCACAUGCGUCAUUUCAAAUCAGGAAUACUAAACAAAGUUGAUCAUCAAUGUUCAAUUUGAUUGAUUCACGCGUACAUACAGUUAUUUAAAUACAUUAUUACUGCUCUUCGUAAUUACAAAAGUAUGUAUGUAAUUUCACAUAUUCCAUGCGAUCUUGCCUAAAAAAUGAAAAUUA